CCUCUUCGACUCCUUGCAUGCGUUCCGCUCUCUCUCUAUAUGCUACAACCCGAGUCUCGGUCCUCGUGGCCCAGAUAACGCUUGGAUCGUCUUGGCUGUUGGGCCGUUUGCAUUUGACAAGUCAAGUCGUCGAACCAGGCACCAGCCAUCCGAGAGUCAUCCCUCCAUGUCUCGCGAGUCGCGACUCAUCCCCCUUGUCUUACAUCCGGCUCCCAGCCCAUACCGACAACACAACGUGUGUCACCGAUUGACUUUGUCCGUGUCUUUAAUGUGCUCCAAAUAAAGUCUCUGCUCUGCCGUUCACUAGUUAUGAUCUCGGCCCUGUACGCUUCCGGCACUCAAGCUGUUCCGUCUCCUUGUCCUUACGCAAACGGGAUCGUCCAACGUAGCAUGUCGCACAUCUUGUUAUGGCUGAAGCACCACCCCAGAUAAUUCCAUGCCCUAUAGUCAUCCGAUAUUGCCCAGCCCCUGUAUGUAAAUAAAGCGGUUGCCAG